AUGGCACUUCAUCCGUUCCUGGCUCCCAAGGAUCUCACAACGACUGUUACAUACGGGGUGACGACUGUGACAUCUUUCCAACCGGGCCACCAAACCAGUACAUUGACUCCUUCUAGACCAACCGGUCCCGAGGAAACAUUGACUGUGACUAUUGUUAAGCCAGUUGAGACUGUUACUGUAACCAGUUUCUGUUCUCCAGGUGAAGCCGAGACGACUGUCCCAGCAACCUAUGAGACAGGUGCAACUAUAGUGACGGAGACUGUGAUUGUGACCGCAACCUUCCCUGCUGGUUCCUACGUUACAACUUUAACGGAAGAAACUGUCACCAAGACUAUCACUGUUCCUUGCCAGACCGUUACUUCAUAUGUUGGUCCAACUGAGACGGCCCUCACUGUCUAUCCAAGCGUCACCGAUACUGAGACCACAGUGACGAUUACUUUGGUCCAACCAGUCAAGACUUCGACUGUCACUAGCUAUUGUGCUCCAGGCGAGCAAGAGUCCACAAUCUCUGGCUCAUACCAAACGGGUGCAACUGAAGUCAUCGAGACUGUGGUUGUUACGUCAACAGUUGGUGCCACGUCUGCACUAGCCACUGGUGUCUUUGUUACCACAAUCACCAGAGCUUCUGAGACCGAGGUGAUCACUGUUCCUGUUCAGACGAUAACAUCGUUUGUUGGUCCAACCGAAAGUGCAUCAACUGUUUUCCCCUCGGUCACAGACAUCGAGUCCACAGUGACUGUUACCAAGGUUCAACCAGUUGAAACGGUCACAGUCACUAGCUUCUGCUCUUCAGGAGAGCCAGAAUCAACCAUUGCUGGCUCUUACACGAACGGAGCCUCCGAAAUUGUUGCAACCGUUAUUGUAUCAUCAACUGAGGGAGCACAAGGGGCUGUGACCACAACUCUGGCCAUUAUAACUACCUCGACCCAAACCCCAUCGCCAUCAACAACAGCUGCCGUUUCGCAGUUUGAAGGAUCUGGAUCUUCUCUGAAAUCCUCGUCCUGGUUUCUGGCUUUGGCCGCUAUUUUUGCUUUGGUUAUUUGA